UAGGAGUUUUCCCGCGCCGUACAACAACACACCAAUCUGUCGGCGUGUAGUGGUAGCAAGCUAGUCUUCUGUCGAUGUCUUAGCUGUAUUUUACAUCAGAGGUGUAUUUUUUACUCUGUUACCAAGUCAUGCCUGCCGCAGAUUAUGACUCGGCCAGUCUGCCGGACUUAUUGCCGCUGUACUACCGACGGCUCUUCCCUUUCUCCCUGUAUUAUCGCUGGCUAAACUAUGGAGGGGUACAGAAGAACUACUUCCAGAACCGAGAGUUCUCGUUUACGCUCAAAGAUGACAUCUAUGUCCGCUACCAGUCUUUCAGCACGCAGAACGAGCUGGAAAAGGAAAUGCAGAAGAUGAACCCUUAUAAGAUCGAUAUAGGGGCUGUAUACAGUCAUAGGCCAAAUCAACACAACACCGUGAAGUCAGGAACUUUCCAGGCCCUGGAGAAGGAACUGGUGUUUGAUAUUGAUAUGACAGAUUAUGAUGAUGUCAGAAGCUGUUGCAGUCAAGCAGACAUUUGCUCAAAGUGCUGGACCCUGAUGACCAUUGCUAUUCGUGUCCUAGAUAGAGCUCUUCGAGAGGAUUUUGGCUUCCAGCACCUUUUGUGGGUUUAUUCUGGCAGAAGAGGAGUGCAUUGCUGGGUGUGUGAUGAAGGCGCCAGGAAGUUGUCUGUAGCUGCGCGCUCAGCUGUGGCAGAAUAUCUUAGCCUGGUGAAGGGUGGUGAGGAGACAGUGAAGAAAGUCAUACUAACAGAUCCAAUUCAUCCUUUUAUCAGAGAGUCUUUGUCACUAGUGGAGAAAUACUUUCCCAAGUAUGCACUACAGGAACAGGAUAUAUUGGGUCAGAAGGAAUCUGUUGACAAAGUGCUGUCACUCGUGCCAGAAGAUGUCAGAAAAACCUUACAGCAGGACUUCCAAAAUGAAAGGAAACCAGAGACUCGAUGGAAAAUUCUUAAGGAUCAAGCUAGUAGGAAACAGAACACCACCAAGAAGGGCAAACACUUUGAGAAAGAAAUCAUGCUGCAGUAUUGUUACCCACGACUUGACGUAAAUGUCAGUAAAGGUGUGAACCAUUUGUUGAAGAGCCCCUUUAGUGUCCACCCAAAAACAGGACGUAUUUCGGUUCCCAUAGACAUAAAAGAAUUGGAAACAUUUGAUCCCUUCUCCGUGCCCACAAUCAGCCUGAUCUGUGAGGAGCUGGACCGGCCCAGGACAGAAGAGGAGGAUGUGAAAUCUGAGGAAGUCAAGGAAAACGAGGUGGAUGCAGCAGAGAACAGAAAAAUAAGAGAUUACAAAAGAACCAGUCUAGCAAAGUAUGUGCGAUACUUUGAUCAGUUUCUGGAUGCAAUGGCUCGUUCAUGGAAAGGCGAACUUCUUAAAAAGAGUGAUCUUCAGAAAGAAUUUUGAAUUGGACCAAUGACCACAAAGUGACAGCGGCAUCAAAAAUGGUUUGGUUAAUGACACAAACUUUCCUGUUUUGUGGGGGCUUUGUAUUGUGGAAAACUGCUGCUUAAAAGUCAUGAUUUCAUUUAAUUCUGAUUAACUUUCUGAUAGCUUUAUGAAACUAACAAUAUGUUCAAGUCAGUUUUAUAUAGUAUGCUGUUAUGAGUACAAAGUCAACUUUUAUAUUGUUUAAUUGUUUCUUUUUUUUUGUGAAUGUACAGUCAUUUAUAAAAAUAAAUUUAGCAUUCCUAUAA